UUAUUGUGUUCCAUCCGUCAACAAAACGAAUGUAACUAUAAAAUAUUUUGAAGGCCAAGUUAGUUUAUAGAUUCUAGAGUAUAAUUUGCACAAAAUAAAAUUUGUGAAUAACAGUAAAAUCAAAAUUUUAGUGAAAAUAAAGGAGAAAUAACAAAUAAUGGAAGAGGAAACGAACAAUGUUGAAAAACUAAUUGAGGAUUUGAAGGAAGCAAGCAUCUCGAAGAAUGAAAAGACGGAAAAUAAUAUUUCUCAUAUAACAGAAAUUUUAGAUUCUUUAGUGAAAAUCAGCCAAACUUCCACCACCCAAGAAAGUACGGACUUCAUACGUGAUAAGAUUUUUCUACAACUUUUAAACCACAAUUCUGAAGUGAUUGCGGCUAAGACUGCAAAAACUAUUGCCGAAAUUGCCAAGACUGAAUUCGGAAGGAAAAAAUGCACAAAUGAAGAAUUUGUCAAAAAUCUGAUUGAACUUUUAAAAUCGCACGAUUUGGAACUUUUGACACAAACAUCCAGAGCUCUCGGAAAUAUCUGCUAUGAAAAUGUAAAAGGAAAAACGAUAAUACGAGAGAACGAGGGGUUGAAAAACAUUUUGAAAGUUCUAAAAAGAGGAAUAGAUUUAGAGGAAAAGGAAGGCGCAGAAUAUUUGAGAAAUGUGGCGACUGGAUUUCUUUUAAACUAUCUCGUGGACCAAAGCAGAUUGGAAAAGGAGGUAAUAAAAGAGGAGGUAGUUCCUGCCAUUUGCAGCAUUUUGGAACUCGACGGAAUUAAAACUCGAGAAGCUGCAAUGCAGGCUCUUCUGACUUUGGGAGUUUUAAAUGAUUCUGGUAUUCAGUUCCUCGACGACAGGCUCUCAAUAAUUUUAGUUGAGAUUCUUGCGAGCGAUACUUCUUCUGAAUUUUCGGAAAUGUGCUUAGAAGUUCUUCAUGGUCAAGCAGACGACGAAAAUGCUAAAUUGCUUUUGGCAAAGGCAGGAGUUUGUGAAUUGCUCCUGAAAUUAUUGGAAAAACAUGGACCACGAUGCACAGAUGAAGAAACGAGAUCUGUUUUAAAAGUCGCUUGCAAUCUCAUCGUUUUAAUUCUAACCGGAGAUGAUAGUAUGAACCUCCUUUACAAAGGCCCCGUUUACAAAACAUUGACUGAAUGGUUGGAAAGUAAUGACGAGGAUCUCCAGGUGACUGCAGUUCUCGCUAUGGGAAAUUUUGCUCGAGCUGACACUCACUGUGAACAUAUGGUGGACCAGGGCGUUCACCUUAAAUUGCUGAAAUUGCUCAGCAAAAAUAAUAAAAAUAAAUGUGGAGAUAUCCGGUUUCAACAUGAUUUACUCAGUGCUCUUCGCAAUCUCGUAAUUCCUACCAAAAACAAAUCGACUGUUUUAGCAGGCGGUCUCAUCGAUGUUUUGAUACCAAUGCUUGAUAUUCCUACAUUUCCAGUUGUGUUCAAACUCCUUGGGACUCUUCGAAUCGUAAUUGGUGGACAACAAGAAACAGCAAUUUUGUUAGGAAAAAAUAGCGACCUUAUAAAAAAAGCUGUCGAAUGGUCAGGAACUGAAGAUCAUCCUGGUGUUCAAGGAGAAGCAAAUCGUCUCCUAGCCUGGCUAAUUAUUAACAGCAGGCACAACGAAGUGGUCGACUCUGUAAUAAAACACGGCGGCGUGAAAAGAUUAGUAAAAAUGUUAAACUCCAAGUACGCUCUGAUGCAAAACGAAGCGCUCCUAAGUUUAAAUAUCUUGACAGCAAUUUGUCUCUCAGAUUCUGAAAAGCCUCUCAUCGAUUCUGAAAUCGGCCCGACUUUGCGCCGAUUUUUGAGAGAAAGCGCUACAACUUUGGAACCUCCAAUCGUAUACAAUUCUCUUUCGUUGACGCUAAAACUCACAAAAUCUGAAAUUUUGAGGGACCAUUUGAAGAAAUCGGAAUUGCAUUCUUCGUGGAAGGAACUUUUAAUUUCUCGUGAAUCAGAGCUCGAAAAUGCAAAAGAAAAACUAAAAAUUCUAUCAUCCGCCCUGGAUUCCCUCGACUGAAAAAUUAUUUUUUCCUUAAAACAAAUUAGGAAACACGCACUGAUGUACCAAUUCCGUUUCAGCCAGAAACUAUUUUAGAUAUCCACAUAUUAUAUAUAUUUGUCGCAUGCUGAUUCGGAAAUCCUGAAAUUUAAAAAAAAAUGUAUUCUACGAGUUGAUAUGUCUUACUAUAUAUAUUUAUUUAUAAAAAUACAUUUUCUGGAUGUAAA